CAAAUACCCCCUUUUCAAGCUACCGCUGCGUAAACACCACUCAGGGCGAAGAAGCAUGAGCUAGACAACCAUCAAUCACGGCCCAGCUUGAGGGCAUACCCGAAUUUGGUUUGAGAGAUCACUAAUUACUCUCUAUGGCGCCGGACAACGACAAGAGCGGGCUCUCAGCCGCCAACCUUGACUAUGACCUGUCAACACCCAUCGACGCGGAUGCCGCCGGCCUCCGCCAGAAGCUGCCGGCGUAUGGCGACGCCCAUUUCUCGCUCUUCAUGCGCAAGCUGUUCAUCAAGGCCAUGGGCUACAGCGAGGACGCACUCUCUCGGCCGAUCGUGGGCAUCGUUAACACCUACUCGAGUUUCAAUCCCUGCCAUGCCAACGUUCCGCAGCUCAUCGAGGCGGUAAAAAGGGGUGUGCAGCUGAGCGGCGGACUCGCCAUUGACUUCCCAACUAUUAGUCUGCACGAGUCUUUUGCUGCUCCCACGAGCAUGUUUCUGCGCAACCUGAUGAGCAUGGACACCGAAGAGAUGAUUCGGGCACAGCCGGUCGACUCGGUCGUCCUUAUAGGAGGCUGUGACAAGACCACUCCAGCCCAACUGAUGGGCGGGAUAUCGGCCAACAAACCCAUCAUCCACCUAGUGACAGGGCCGAUGAUGCCGGGGAGCUUUCAGGGGGGACGAGUCGGGGCGUGCACCGACUGCCGGAGCAACUGGGCCAAGUUCCGGGCCGGCGCUAUGGACAUAGAAGACAUCUCUGCCCUCAAUGAGGAGUUAGCGCCAACUGCUGGCACCUGCGGCGUCAUGGGCACCGCCAGCACCAUGGCGUGUUUGCUGGUCGCCCUCGGCAUGAUGCCCAUCCAUGCGGCCACCCCAGCCGCGGUAUCCUCGGCCCGCCUGCGCAUCGCCGAGUCGACGGGCAGCUACGCCGUGCAGCUGGCUAAGACCCGCCUCGCGCCGCAGACCAUCCUGACGCGCGACUCCUUCCUCAACGCCAUCACGGUCCUCCAGGCCAUCGGCGGCUCCACCAACGCCGUCGUGCAUCUCAUGGCCAUCGCCAACCGGCACCCGGCCGUCGCAGGCACCAUCACGCCCGCCACCGUCGAUGAGAUCGGCCGCACCACCCCGCUGCUCGUCGACCUCAAGCCCAGCGGCGACAACUACAUGACCGACUUCCACGCCGCCGGCGGCAUGCCCGCCCUGCUGCACGAGCUCCGGCCGCUCCUGCGCCUCGGCGCGCUCACCGUCACGGGGCGCACCCUCGGCGAGGAGCUCGCCGCCGUUCCGGCCCGUCGCUUCGGGCUGGCAUUGGCAUCGGGCGCCACCGUCAUCCGCCCGCUGACCGACCCGCUCUACCCCACCUCGGCGCUGGUGGUGUUCCAGAGGGGGAACCUGGCGCCCGGCGGCGCGGCAGUCAUGAAGGCGAGCGCGAGCAAGGACAGGCGGCUGCUGAAGCACCGGGGCCGGGCGGUCGUGUUCGACGGGCCGGCGGACCUGGCGCGGCGGAUCGAUGACGCCGCCCUGGACGUGGACGCGGACAGCGUGCUGGUGCUGAGGGGCGUCGGCCCGGUCGGGAACCCGGGCAUGCCCGAGGCCGGGCUGAUCCCGAUCCCGCGGAAGCUGGCGGCCCAGGGGGUCGUGGACAUGCUACGCAUCUCGGAUGGGAGGAUGAGCGGGACGGCCGCGGGCACCAUCGUGCUGCAUGUGUCGCCGGAGGGGGCGGAUCCCGGGUCGGUGCUGGGCGUGAUCAGGGACGGGGAUGUGAUCGUGUGUGAUGUGGAGGAGAGGCUGUUGAGCGUGGAGGUGGACGAGGCGGAGCUGCGGACGCGGAUUGAACAGCGGAGACGCGAGCUUGAGCGGGCCGGUGAGGCGCAUUGGGUGACGCGGCAGCGCGAGAGGGGGUAUCGCGGCUUGUACAUGCGCGAGGUGAACCAGGCGGAGCACGGCGCAGACUUCCUCUUCUUGACCGCGGCCGGGCCAGGGAGGGCAGCGGGCGGGGGACAAGGGGGACAAGGGCCAUCAGAACUGACGGCUAGCCAUUACUAAUCCGCACACACCUCUAGCCGUCCGGGCCCUCUCCGAGCCUCGGAGUUGGAAGUGUGGGCGUGGAAAUCGAGGUUUGGCAUUAUCUGUUGGAACCCGCUCCACAACGUCCUAGCAACACUCGCCGUCCCGCAAGGUAUGACUUCAGCUUAAUCCUCCGGCCGUAGACGGGAGGACCCCACCCAUGGCUGAUGGAGGGAUGAGGCACGAGACAGUCACACCAGAACAAAAAGCAGCCAGCCGCUGGUCCCCGGCGCGAUGUACGCCUCCCUGCCCGCGGUCCGUUGACUCGCUUCCCGCCACUGGGUAGUUAGCAGUCGAGUGGACAACGGAGCCACGUCGUCAUCGCACUUUGUCCGGCCUCUGCGUUUCGCCCUCCACUGUCCAGGCAACUCCAGUCUCAAACAGCCCUAGCUUGAACUUCGAAAUCCGUUGUUUGUCUCUGAUGUGUAUUAUCCCACUCAAUAGAGCCUAGAAUACAUCUGCAAGUCAUCCGGUGGCCGAGACUACAAUUGGUCCAGCAGCCAACAUAUCAAGCACGUGUGGGACGACGGCGCAAUCUAGCC